AAAAAAAUUAACACAUUUGUUCAUUCGUUAACAUUAAUUUGACCGAAAAUUUUAUUGCAAAUAAAAGAUGAUUUAACAAAUCAAUCUUCUUUAAACACUCUUAAUCACCUCCCGAAGUAUUGCGGUCGAUUUUCUGGACACACUGUAUAUUAAUGUUAUUCUUCAGUACACACUCUACAGUACAAUUAAGAUAAAUAAACAUUGAACUUGCACGCAGAAGACGAACACAAUAUUAUUCGUCAGAGUCUGAUUAGAACCGCUAAAGUAAGUUUGUUCAUUUUGUCGCCUCUUAACAAGCAAUAAGUACUUCAAUAUAUCUUUCAAUGGAUUUAUUAGCGAGAAUGGCGCUGCUAAAUAUCAAAGGAUCGUCAAGAAUGCUAUUAUCCUCUCGACCUCGGCGCAUUAUUCAAUAUCGCAGAAACCUUAGCUCUCAAGAAAUAUUUGAACGCGAAUCAAAGUAUGGGGCACAUAAUUAUCAUCCGCUUCCCGUGGCCCUGUGCAAAGCUCAAGGUGUUUUUAUAUGGGAUGUCGAGGGUAAACGGUAUUUCGAUUUUCUAAGUGCUUAUUCAGCAGUCAAUCAAGGCCACUGUCAUCCAAGAAUCUACAAAGCGAUGAUCGAUCAAGCCAAGACAUUAACUCUGACAUCUAGAGCGUUUUAUUCCGAUAUUUUGGGUGAAUUCGAAGAAUAUAUUACGAAACUUUUCGGAUAUGACAAGUGGCUUCCAAUGAAUACGGGCGUGGAAGGUGGGGAAACGGCAUGCAAGUUGGCACGGAAAUGGGGAUAUUCUUGUAAAGGAAUACCGUCGAAUCAAGCCAAAAUCGUAUUUGCGGAAGGCAAUUUUUGGGGAAGAACCAUGAGCGCCGUCUCCUCAAGUACCGAUCCGACUAGUUAUAGUGGUUUUGGGCCAUUCAUGCCGGGUUUUGAGAUUGUUCCUUACGAUGAUUUAUUUGCGCUCGAACGAAUCUUUGCUGAUCCGAACAUCUGCGCCUUCAUGGUAGAGCCUAUCCAAGGUGAAGCUGGCGUUGUGGUUCCUAAGGAUGGCUAUCUGAGUGGAAUUAGAGAGCUCUGUACAAGACAUAAUGUCCUAUGGAUCGCGGACGAAGUGCAGACCGGUUUGGCGAGGACGGGGAAGCGAGUCGCCGUUGAUCAUGAGAAUGUGAAGCCGGACAUCCUGAUUCUCGGUAAAGCCUUGUCCGGAGGAUUCUAUCCAGUUUCCGGUGUGUUGGCGAAUGAUCCCGUCAUGCUCACCAUUAAACCCGGCGAACAUGGAUCCACGUAUGGUGGAAAUCCCCUGGGAUGCAGGAUUGCUCACGAAGCGCUUCGCGUUCUGGAAGAAGAGAAGCUUGCUGAGAACGCAGAAAGACUCGGUCACGUGUUCAGGGACGAACUGAACAAACUACCGAGAGACGUGAUCACUCUGGUGAGGGGAAAAGGUCUUUUGAACGCCAUCGUCAUCGAUAAAAAGAUCGAUGCAAUGGAUGUGUGCUUGAAACUGAAGAAACGCAGACUUUUAGCAAAACCAACACAUGGACACAUCAUUCGUUUGGCACCGCCAUUGAUUAUCACAGAGGAACAAAUACACGAAUGCGCAGAUAUUAUUUCUAAGACCAUUCUUUCGUAUAUUUAAUGAAAAUAUAUAUUUGGUAUUAAUUUCAAAUUGAUUUUGGACAA